GUUACGACUGAAUGGUCACCAAUAGUGUGGCCAUCGUUCAGAUCAAAAUAGCCACCAUUAUAGACCACCAGUACAGUAAUUACAUACUUGAGUCGAUAUAGAUCUUAUCUACAAUAAAGGUCUGCUGGUUGGUAUGAUUUAUAUAAAAUACUAGAAUGUCCAAUCCCGAUGAUAUGGAUGAGUUCAUAACACUUUUGGAGGAAACAGGAGCUGAAAUAUCAGACGCGGAAUUGGCGUCAAUGAAAAGGUUAUGUACAAUAAUACCAGAGAGUCAGCGAUGUAAAAUGACACAUGCAAGCGAACUAUUUCUGGCACUGGAAAAAAGGAAAGUUAUAUCACCAACAAACACAUCAUAUUUAUACAAGGUUUUGGAGCUAAGAUCUGUUGGACGGGCUAAGCUAGCAGCUAAAUUGAAGAAAUUUAGCGAAACACGCAGAGAGCUUUUACAUGUAACACAAGAUACUGCACAGAGUACGUCGUCUCAUCCAAAACCCAUCAUGACAGGCUCACUAUUAAAGACAAGAAAACGACAAUAUACGGAUGAGGAACCAGAGCAAAAAAUGAAAAAACCCAAAUUAACAGCUUUCAGGAAGCUACUAAAGGAAAUUAGUGAUGAUCUUUGCCCUGAUGAGGUUGAAGAGAUGAAAAAUCUUCUACUUGAUGAACAACUGUCAAGACAAGAUGAACAUAUGUUCACGACUGGAAUGAAACUAUUUCUUUACUUAGAGGGCGCUGGUUACAUUUCAAAUACUAACGUUGAAUUACUGAAAGAGUUAUUGACAUCUAUAAAUAGACAACCUUUAGUGGACAGGCUACAAAAUACCUGUCAUUAG